AUGACAGACCACUGCAAGCAGACUUUGUCAACCAAGUUAGGCUACGCUCCUUGGUGUCCAGCUUGUCAACAGAUUGAAUUGACUUGGGAGAGUUUUGCAAAGGAAAGUGAACACCUAGAUAUCACUGUGGGAAAGGUGGAUGUCACUCAGGAACCAGGCUUGAGUGGUCGUUUCUUUGUUACAACACUUCCUACAAUUUACCAUGCAAAUGAAGGAAUAUUUCGCAGAUACCGAGGCUCACGGACAUUGGAAGAUCUUCAAGGUUAUGUUUUAGAGAGAAGAUGGGAAGCUGUGGAGCCCGUAGCAGGAUGGAAGUCUCCAUCUUCUUUAAUGAUGCAUGGUAUGGCAGGGCUGUUUCACCUCUCUGGAUGGAUCAGGCAAAUUCAUACCUACCUCACUGUCACUCUUGGAAUUCAUGUUUGGAUUUCUUAUGCAAUCUUCAUCUUAGCUACCUUAUUGAUUGGCCUGUUCCUGGGUUUGGUACUUGUUUUGAUUUCAGACUGCCUUUGCCCAUCCAAAUCAAGAUACAGAGCUGAAACAUCUGAAGAAGCAAUUACAAAGGAUAAUGUGGAGAACGCAGCAUUAGAAGAACCGGAGGAGGCUGCAGAACUUUCCGGAGAAGAUGCAGAUGAGACUGCAGAUGUAAAAGAUCUCUCAGAUGGAGAAGAUGCAGCAAAUUCAAGUGCUGAUGACUCAGAGGAGGAUUUAGCACUUGGAAAAGAAUCAGGGGAAGAAGAAAUGGAGGACUUAAGUAAACAGCCUUUAGCUGAUUCAGAAACUGAAAGCUCAGUAAGACAGCGCAAAAGUCAGGUGGCUGAUAAUGGACUAUAG